GUAGCCCUACUUAUUCUGCCUUUUGCUUUUCCUUCAAUCUCCAUUUCCAUCUCUCUCUCUCUCUCCCCUCACUCACACACAUUAUCUUCACUUUUUGGAUGUUCACUGUAUUUGCAGGCUUCUACUUACUAUCUGUCUCCUGCUUCUUCUAGGGUUUUCUUCUUUCACUUUAUAUACUCACAAAAUUCAUUCCACUCCUCUUUCAAUUCUUAGCUAAUGGAUGCAAAACUUGUGAAUUAUUGAAGCUACAAGAAUGAAGGGAGACAGCUUAACCGGGAAACCCACAAAGGUUUUGUGCAUGUUAUAAGCAAUUUAGAUCGAUUGAUCGAUCUCUCGAUGAGAUGUCGUCUUCUAGUAGCUAUUCCAACCCUCCAUGUGCCGCGUGCAAGUUCCUGAGGCGAAAAUGCCUGCCGGGCUGCGUCUUCGCUCCCUACUUCCCUCCAGAGGAGCCGCAGAAGUUUGCCAACGUGCACAAAAUCUUCGGUGCGAGCAACGUGAGCAAACUCCUGAACGAAAUCCAGCCUCACCAGAGAGAAGACGCCGUGAAUUCCCUCGCCUAUGAAGCCGAGGCGCGGCUCAAGGACCCCGUGUACGGGUGCGUCGGGGCUAUCUCCGUCCUCCAAAGGCAGGUCCUUCGGUUGCAGAAGGAGCUAGACGCGACCAACGCGGACUUAAUGCGAUACGCUCGCAACGAAAUGUCGUGCGGCGGCCAUGGAUAUCAUCAUCCCACUACUCCAGAUGAUCAUAACAACAUGAAUUAUCAUCAAAUGUAUAAUCAACAAAGGAGCAGCAACAGCCAUAACAACAACCAGUAUGGGAGAUCAUCAAGGGUGGGUACUGGUGGGGUAUUUUAUGGCCAAUCUUAUGAAAUGCCCAAUUAUUCUUCUCAGUGGACUAACAGUUCUUCUGGAGAGCAUAACCCUGACGAGUGACGGCGCAGAAGGUGAUUGAUGAAUUAUAUUAUAUUGUUCCAUGUAAGCUAAGCUAAGCUUCUAUUAGGCUUAGGCAUCUUAUAUAAUACCCCAGCCAGGCCAGAUUAUUAUAGUUAAGUUGAUAUUAAGGUUAAAUUAAAUAAGCUAGCUAGCUAGCUAGGUAUGCAAAUUUACAUGCAUGUCUAAACUGGAUGGCAUCACUGUACUGCAGAUCAACAAUAUACUAUAAUAUAAUCAGCUAUUGUAAUUGGUUGUGAAUGUGUUGAAGUUCUUAUUAUAUAAUACAUUUUUUUUGUCCGACUA